AUGUUAGAUCAAGGUUAUUGUAGUUACCUUUAUAUAAGCCUGCCAGGCUUUACGGUUUAUGCUCGAAAUUCAUGGCCGUUCAAUUUGCCCGAUCUUGAUGUCGUAUUUUUCAUACGGGUACUAUGUGAUGAAUUGAUUACUGAAAAUCUGAAUACAUCGUUCCCACCCACCCUAUCCGGGAAAGCUCCUUCCCAACGAGGUGAAGCUUUGGCCCUGCCAGAUACUGCUCAAUUCGGGUUUCUCGCACCUAAAAAGCAUUAUGCCCACUUGACGGAUGACUUUGGCCUCCCGUAG